AGAGGCGGCGUUGAGGCCUGCUCUUCCUCCUGCUCUUUCCGCCCGCAGCCAUGGCCGACGCCGAGGACGGAGACGAGCCGGGCGUGUCGGUGGCGCCUCACGCGGGCUCCUCCGGCUCGAAGGCGGGCGGCGGCGUGGACAAGAUGUUCUCCCUCAAGAAGUGGAACGCCGUGGCCAUGUGGAGCUGGGACGUGGAGUGCGACACCUGCGCCAUCUGCCGGGUGCAGGUCAUGGAUGCCUGUCUUAGAUGUCAAGCUGAAAACAAACAAGAAGAUUGUGUUGUGGUCUGGGGAGAGUGUAAUCAUUCCUUCCACAACUGCUGCAUGUCACUUUGGGUGAAACAGAACAACCGGUGCCCCCUCUGCCAGCAGGACUGGGUGGUCCAGAGAAUAGGCAAAUAGAUCCACGAGCUGUUUUUCUGUUGAACUUCUUUAGAAAGUUAUACAUACUACUUCUGUCAUGUUUCCCGUAUGGAAAAAAAAAGGAGUCACAGUGUGGCAGAAUCAGUUAUAUUUAGACCUACAGAAUGCUGUGGACCUGGAUUGGAAAUCUUUAUGUUGGUUUACUAGUCUCUUGGGUCAGUCUUCAACACUGUUUCAUCAGGAACAUGUGUACAAUGUGCACAUCACUUCAGAAUAUAUCAUAGCAUUUAGUGUGAGCACUGUACAUUUGCCUGCCAGUUCUUUAGGGUUAUGACAUCUGCAGUUAACCUGUUGUUCAAAGGAGUUCUAGUUUGAACUCUCACUAUGUUUUUCAAGACUGAUGUAUUUAACUCAAAUAAAUAAUUAUUGAUAAAGCA